GCUGGUGCUGAGGGCGGGCGGGGGGCGGCCGGGGCUGCGUCUGUUGAGUCCUCGCGGGCACCGACCGCGCUCCCGCCGCGCCCCGCGCAGCCCCUCGCCGGCGCCACUUGCGCUUUGUCGUUUGGUUUUUUUUGUUGUUUUUUUUCCUGCUUUUGCCUCUAUUUUUGAAUUUUCCUCCCGCUGCCCUCUGCGGCGGCGCUUCCGGCGGCUCUGCGGGCGGUUCCGGCUGAGGGCUCCUCCUGCGGCGGCGAUCGGCGGGGGCGAUGCUGGUGGCGGCGGCGGCGGGGGCCGCUGCGGGCGGCGCGGAGGAGCAGCGCGGGAGCCGCUUCAGCGUCCUGACGUGGGAGCAGGUGCAGCGCCUGGACCAGAUCCUGGGGGAGGCCGUGCCCAUCCACGGCCGCGGCAACUUCCCCACGCUGUCGGUGCGGCCCCGCACCAUCGUGCAGGUUGUCCGCAGCCGCCUGGAGAAGAAAGGAAUCCCAGUGCACAACGUCAGGCUGAAUGGCUCAGCUGCCAGCCACAUCCUCCACCAGGACAGUGGCUUGGGCUACAAGGACCUGGACCUGAUUUUCGGCGUGGAUCUGAAGACGGAGGACGUUUUCCAGCUGGUGAAAGAUGUGGUGAUGGAUUGCCUGCUGGAUUUCCUCCCUGAAGGUGUCAACAAGGACAAGAUCACCCCCAUGACCCUGAAGGAGGCCUACGUGCAGAAGCUGGUGAAGGUUUGCAACGAGACCGACCGCUGGAGCCUCAUCUCGCUCUCCAACAACAGCGGCAAGAACGUGGAGCUCAAAUUCGUGGAUUCUCUGCGGCGCCAGUUCGAGUUCAGCGUGGACUCCUUCCAGAUCAUCCUGGACUCGCUGCUGCUCUUCGGGGAGUGCUCGGAGACCCCCAUGGCCGAGAACUUCCACCCCACGGUCACCGGGGAGAGCAUGUACGGGGACUUCGAGGAGGCCAUGGAGCACCUGCGCAACCGCGUGAUCGCCACCAGGAACCCCGAGGAGAUCCGCGGCGGGGGGCUGCUCAAGUACUGCAACCUCCUGGUCAGGGGCUUCAAGCCCAAGUCCGAGGUGGAUAUGAAGGCCCUGCAGAGGUACAUGUGCUCCAGGUUUUUCAUAGACUUCUCCGACAUCGGCGAGCAGCUGAGGAAGCUGGAGUGUUACCUGCAGAGCCACUUUGUGGGCAUGGAGAGCAACAGAUAUGACUAUUUGAUGACCCUGCACAGGGUGGUCAAUGAGAGCACGGUCUGCCUCAUGGGACACGAGCGAAGGCAGACCCUGAACCUCAUUGCCAUGCUGGCUGUCAGGGUCCUGGCUGAGCAGAACAUCAUCCCCACCGUCACAAAUGUCACCUGCUACUACCAGCCAGCCCCUUAUGUCAGUGAAAUAAACUUCAACUACUACGUGACCCACGUGCAGCCCUUCCUGCCUUGCAAUCAGUCUUACCCCACGUGGCUUCCCUGUAACUGAGCCAGGACUAACGCCAGGGUCUGUCCUCCAAGGUACUCCUUGCCUUGGGGGGUUGGGAGGGUGGGGAGGGGGAAAGAAAUAAAACCUACAGCCUUCUAGAACUGCAACAAGAGGAAAUUCCUGGACUCUGGCUUGAGUGUCUCGUUCCUGGAGGUGUUGGAGCGAGGCCUGUCUGCUGUACACUGUGACGGGAGGUGCAGUGUUCUGGAAACGACUCCCUAGGGAAUUGUGGAGGCUGGGGUGGGUGGGGUGUGUGAGGGGAGACUGUAGAAUUACGUUAAGGUAGAGCUGCACUGCCCUGAAAUGGAUCUGCAUUGUGUUGGUUUUUUUUUUAGUGCAGGAGGUGUUAUGGGUGUGCAAACUUGUGGUUUCUGCCGAGAGAAGCCAGAGUGGCUAAUUCCUUUGAAGGACCAAAGAAUCCUGUUUAAGUGCCUGUAACAAUACAAACACAACUGUACUGUAAACCUUUAUUAUUUUUUGCGAGGGCUGACGGCCCAAAGCUUGAGUGGGGAAUGUCUGAAGAGGAAAACGUUUCUGUUGUGCGUGGGGAGGGUCGCCAGAUCAUUUCUUAUCCUGGCUGAGGCCAGAGCAGGUUCUGUGUGGCAGGGUUUGGGUGUCACUGCUGCCUGUGAAGGACCAGUGGAGCAGAGAGGUGCCCAAGUGGGGCUGCACAAACCAUGGAAUGGCUGAGUGGAAAUGCCCAAAGUGAGGAACGCUGGGCAGGGGGAGCAUGGUGGAAAAUGCUGUGCAGAGCUUGCUGGAAAAAAGGCAGCAGGAUAUAGCUGAGUUCCUAAAUGAUGAGGGAGGUGAUUUGUCCAGGAGCCUGUCCCAGGCUGCCAUACCUAAUCCUGUCUUUUCUAGGGGAAUUUGAAAUGCUGCUCUUCCUAUUUUAUUUUUUUUUUUUUUUUGGCAUGCAGUGUGUUUUUGAUGCACAAAGCCAGAGUUCAGCUGGGCUGUCGGGGAAGGUGAGGCUUGUCCUUUGAAGCACAAACCAUCCAGGUCAGUCAUUUCCAGCCUUUGCUGUGUCCUCCAGGGAGGUGGACAGACCUUCUCCAUGCUGGAGAUAUCCCUUGGACAGGUCCUGUCUUCAAAUCAGCCURUUCCCAGCUGUGUGAGCCACUGAUAGCAUUUGAAAUUCUUUCUCUAGCUAGAAAUGGAGCCUGGGCUGGCGUGGGUGAAGUUAGUCAGGCCUUAGGAAAAUAAAUUGUUUUCUAGACAGACCCUCUGAUGUUUUGAGGGUUUGCCUCUCAGUUCAAUUGGUUUUGAAGUUGGGUGUCUGGAGCAGAGGAGUUUUUCACGGAGGUGCCAGGGCUGCUGUGCCCCUGAUGUGGGCAGGGAGGGGCAGGCACUGCCCAGGGAUGCUGCUCCAGCAACACCACAACUCCCUGGUGCUUCCUCCGAGGCCACCUACUCGAGAACCUUUACUAACUUGUUGUUUGUUUUUGUUCUUUUGUUCCUGUUUUGGUGACAAAACUGUAACAGUUGGGCAGAUUGAAAUAAAGACUAGAAUGUUUAUA